UGGUAAGAUCGUGAGUAGGUAACAAAAUUAAGCAAGCAAGCUGAGGAGGACAAAAGGUAGAGGGGCAGAGAGAUGAGUUACCAGAGAGUCCCUCCCGACGAACCCUACCCUCCACCAGGGUAUCAUCCAUCUCAGGCGUACCCUUACCCACCUCCACCCGAUGUGUACCCUCCACCUCAGGGCCAUGGACCUCAUGUUUACCCGUCCCAUGGUGUGUAUCCUCCACCUCAGAGGCCUUACCCACCACCUGACCAGCCCCCACCAGGGUACCAGGGCUACUUCAACAAUGACCAGCGUCCUUACUACCCGCCACCGCCGCAGCCUCCACCGCCAUAUGCAUAUGGGGGAGGAUGCCACGACCACCACCAUGGAGAGGACGGCUGCUCUGGCUUCCUCAAAGGAUGUUUGGCUGCUCUUUGCUGCUGCUGUGUCCUGGAGGAAUGCUGCGGCUUCUUCUGAGAUGUUAGACACCUGGUAUCCGGUUUCAAUUUAUUGGUUGUAGCAUUCUGGAGUAUGUUAAUACGAAGAUAUUAAUUGCUUUUGUAACUCGAUGUGAUAAUAGAAGGAAUUAUGAGUGCUUGUACUACUAUUAGAAACGGACAGUUC